UUUUUUUUUUUCCUGAUACAGGGUCACUCUGUUGUCCAGACUGGAGUGCAAUGGCAAGAUUCCCAGUGCUCUGGUGGUCCUCCCACCUCAGCCUCCUAUCUGGGACUACAGAUGCAUGCCACCACAUCUGGCUGAUUUUUAAAUAUUUUUUUGUAGAAAUAAGGUUUUGCCAUGUUGCCCAGGCUGGUUUCGAACUCAUGGGCUCAAGCCAUCUGCCUGCCUUGAUCUGCCCGCAUUGGCCUCCCAAAGUGCUAGGAUUACAGGCCUGAGCCACUGUACCUGGCAAUGAUUUUGAAUUUUUAAAAGCGUACUUAACCCUUAAUAAAGGCCCGUAUUAUUUCUAGUCACAUCACAUUUGUCUGACUUGCUUUGGGGCUUACAAUAUAAAAAAGAAGAGAGGAAAGAAGUCUGCAUUCUUUUGUUUUUGACUCUUUAGGAGUAUUUAGUAAAAAUUAUUUUAAAAAUAAGUAGGACUUUGGGGAUUUGACUGAAAAGCUGCACAUAUUCACUUUCUAGUGACAAAAUCAGCCUGUGGCAUUGUUAGAACACCACAAGGCAUACCCAGUCCCACUUCUCCUCUUCAUUUCAGCUGAUGAUUUCACUUUCUAAUCCUAUACUGUAAACAGUUAAGAUCUAGCCCGGGCGCGGUGGCUCACGCCUGUAAUCCCAGCACUUUGGGAGGCGAAGGUGGGUGGAUCACGAGGUCAGGAGAUCGAGACCAUCCUGAUUAACAUGGUGAAACCCCGUCUCUACUGAAAAUACAAAAAAUUACCCGGGCGUGGUGGCAGGCGCCUAUAGUCCCAGCUACUUGGGAGGCUGUGGCAGGAGAAUGGUGUGAACCCAGGAGGCGGAACUUGCAGUGAGCCCAGAUCGCGCCACUGCACUCCAGCCUAGGUGACAGAGUGAGACAUCUCAAAACAAACAAACAAACAAACAAAACAAAAAACCCUGUUAAGAUCUAGCGUGCUGAGCUCUUCAAAGUGGUAAAGUAUAGGUUCCUUGGAAACAGAAGGGUCUCUGAUUUAGGAUUGGUGGGGAGGGAGGACUGUAAGCCUUCCUGGAGGAAGGGACAUCUUCACCCAGAGUAGAAUUGGAUUAGACUUCAAUGAGAGGGCAGGGCAAGGUUGAGGGAAGAGGCCCAGAACUGAAAAAGUAUGACAGAAUCCAGCAGUAGAAGUAAAUUUAAUUGGGUUGGAGGGUGCAAGUCAUUCUAAUUUCAUGUGCAGCACUUGUCACUUUCAGAUCAUUUCUUGUUUACUGUCUGUUCUUCUACCCUCAUACCCUCACACAGAAUAGGAGGCCUGGCCUGCUGAUUCCUUGGUGGCUGGCAUAUAUGUCUGUUAAUCUUUCCUGAGGCCCAGCCGCAUGUCAGAUCCUGUUCUAAGUGCUUCCCUCGCUCCCCACCUCCGCCACUCAACAAAAUUCUACUUCUUCAGAGCUGGUUCAAAUGCUUUCUUCUCUAUGACCACCCCCCUGCCCCGCCCCGUCUCUUUUCCUCACUCCUGCUCUCAGAAUUAAUUACUUCAUUCAGAGGUCCCUCAGCUAUUGAUCCUUCCUUGCAGCAUCAAUUUAAUUAUGCAUAGUGUUAGUUUCCGGUUUCCUUGUCUCCUCCAUUUCUCAUUAAGUUUUAAAUCAUAUGAAGACAGUGCAUGUUUAUCCGUCUCUGUAAGCCCUACAACACUUUGGGCAGGCUUUUACACACAAAACGGGGCUCAAAAAUAUUUUGAAUAAAUGAAUUAGGGAGAGGUCCACAAACGCCCUCCACUCCCACCCCAGUCCUCAGAGCAGUACUUUAAAAUAAAAAUCUGACCAUUUCAACCUUGUUAAAGGCCGAUCUUCAUUCUGAGAACAGAAUUCUAACUCCUAAGCACGACGGUGACCUCAAGGGCUCUGUGUGAACCUGCACCAGCACCCCUGUCCAACCACGUCCCUCCCCACACCUGGUCUAAUAAAACGACUGCUUUAGGUGACCUGCACGAUCGGCUGUACUGAUUCAUGCCACAGGCUUUUACCUCAACUACUCCCUCUGUCUGGAAUGUCCUUUCUUUCCUUGCCUGGCCUGAUUCAGGCAUGGCCUUCUCAAGCAAGCUUUCCGUCUUUGAAUCUAGGCCUUGAUUAAGAACUUUCAAAAAAAGUACUAAGUACAGAAAAGUUUAAUAUGGUGCUCCCCCAUUUAUGUGAUUAAAAAUGAAAACGAUAGUAAAGCGUAAAAUGUAAUCUUUAAAAUGUCACACAACUUUACAUGCACGCUAGAUUUAGAAUACCGGCUGUAUUUACGAUUUUCUCUUAUUGACUGCCUCCACGCGCACCCACUCUGCAGACGCCCUAAAGAGUGUCUAUCGGAUCACCCUCAGGUUGGGUCAAACGCUCCUCUUCUCGGCUUUUCGGGAGCAACCCUAUCUCAACAUUCACCAUCUUAAGAUGAGCAGACUGCAAGUUUGCCUCUCCCACCAGCAUGGGAGCUGCCGAAGCGGCGAGAACAGCGUUUCCGUCCAUCGAGCGCCAAGUCACCAGUCAGCUCCAGUCCUAUUUUGAAUUGAAGUAAAAGCUCCUCCCUAGAUGGCCAGUGCACGUCUUUAAAAAGCGGCUCCUUUCCCACAAAGGAAAUACGACUGGUUCGCAUCUAUGAAGGGUUGGCGUUGGGAUAAGAGAGUUAAAUAUCAGCGGGCCCUGGACAAGGAGAUUCUCUGAAUUCCCGGACCCAAUAACGCGACCAACCACCGUGACUCCCAGGAAAACUAGCGGGGUGAGCACUGCUGAGGAAAUUACUGACACCGGAAGUCACGUGAGCGGCUGCCCCUAAGGUCGCUAUCUCGACAGUCGACUUUUCAGCCUUGCAGGCACCUCUGGCGGGCUUCACUGAGAUCCGCUCUUUCGGUGCUCGACUCGCCCGUGCUGCUGCCGCCGCCGAAGGAGGGGCAAAGCUCAAGAUGGCGGACAAAACGCCAGGCGGAUCUCAGAAGGCCAGUUCAAAGACGAGAUCAUCAGAUGUUCAUUCAUCUGGAUCUUCGGAUGCACAUAUGGAUGCAUCUGGACCCUCAGAUAGUGAUAUGCCAAGUCGGACACGACCUAAGAGCCCAAGAAAACAUAAUUAUAGGAAUGAAAGUGCCCGUGAAAGCCUUUGUGAUUCUCCUCAUCAGAAUCUCUCAAGACCUCUUCUGGAAAACAAACUUAAAGCAUUCAGUAUUGGAAAAAUGAGUACAGCUAAGCGAACUUUAAGUAAAAAGGAACAGGAAGAAUUAAAGAAAAAGGAGGAUGAAAAGGCAGCUGCUGAGAUUUAUGAGGAGUUUCUUGCUGCUUUUGAAGGAAGUGAUGGUAAUAAAGUGAAAACAUUUGUGCGAGGAGGUGUUGUUAAUGCAGCUAAAGAAGAACAUGAAACAGAUGAAAAAAGAGGUAAAAUCUAUAAGCCAUCUUCAAGAUUUGCAGAUCAAAAAAAUCCUCCAAAUCAGUCUUCCAAUGAAAGACCACCAUCUCUUCUUGUGAUAGAAACCAAAAAACCUCCACUUAAAAAAGGAGAGAAAGAAAAGAAAAAAAGCAAUUUGGAACUCUUCAAAGAAGAAUUAAAGCAAAUUCAAGAGGAACGUGAUGAGAGACAUAAAACAAAAGGCAGAUUAAGUCGAUUUGAACCUCCUCAGUCAGAUUCUGAUGGUCAGCGUCGUUCUAUGGACGCGCCUUCAAGAAGAAAUAGAUCAUCUGGUGUUCUUGAUGAUUACGCACCUGGCUCACAUGAUGUAGGAGAUCCAAGCACUACUAAUUUAUACCUUGGAAACAUUAAUCCACAGAUGAAUGAAGAAAUGCUGUGCCAAGAAUUUGGAAGAUUUGGACCGUUAGCCAGUGUGAAAAUCAUGUGGCCUAGAACUGAUGAAGAAAGAGCCAGAGAGAGAAAUUGCGGCUUUGUGGCCUUUAUGAAUAGAAGAGAUGCUGAAAGAGCUUUAAAAAAUUUGAAUGGAAAAAUGAUUAUGUCUUUUGAAAUGAAGUUAGGUUGGGGUAAAGCUGUACCUAUUCCUCCACAUCCAAUAUACAUUCCGCCUUCUAUGAUGGAACAUACGCUUCCCCCACCUCCAUCCGGACUGCCUUUUAAUGCACAGCCUAGAGAGCGGUUAAAAAACCCUAAUGCUCCUAUGUUACCGCCACCUAAAAACAAAGAGGAUUUUGAGAAGACUCUGUCGCAAGCCAUAGUCAAAGUGGUUAUCCCAACAGAAAGGAAUUUGCUCGCCCUGAUACAUCGAAUGAUAGAGUUUGUUGUACGUGAAGGGCCAAUGUUUGAAGCUAUGAUUAUGAACAGAGAAAUCAACAAUCCUAUGUUCAGGUUCUUAUUUGAAAACCAGACACCAGCCCAUGUUUACUAUAGGUGGAAGCUUUAUUCUAUUCUGCAGGGAGAUUCUCCAACUAAAUGGCGGACGGAAGAUUUUCGUAUGUUCAAAAAUGGAUCUUUUUGGAGGCCACCACCAUUAAAUCCGUACUUGCAUGGAAUGUCAGAAGAGCAAGAAACAGAAGCUUUUGUAGAGGAACCUAGUAAAAAGGGAGCACUUAAGGAAGAACAGAGGGAUAAAUUGGAAGAAAUCUUGCGGGGAUUAACUCCAAGGAAAAAUGAUAUUGGAGAUGCAAUGGUUUUCUGUCUUAAUAAUGCUGAAGCUGCUGAAGAAAUAGUGGAUUGCAUUACUGAGUCGUUGUCCAUCUUAAAGACACCCCUUCCUAAAAAGAUUGCCAGAUUGUAUUUGGUUUCUGAUGUUUUGUACAACUCUUCAGCCAAAGUUGCUAAUGCUUCAUAUUAUAGAAAAUUUUUUGAGACAAAGUUAUGUCAGAUAUUUUCAGACCUCAAUGCCACCUAUCGUACAAUUCAAGGCCAUUUACAGUCUGAAAACUUUAAGCAACGGGUAAUGACUUGCUUCAGAGCAUGGGAAGAUUGGGCAAUUUAUCCAGAACCAUUUUUGAUCAAACUACAAAAUAUUUUCUUAGGACUUGUAAAUAUUAUUGAAGAAAAGGAAACAGAGGAUGUUCCAGAUGACCUUGAUGGUGCCCCCAUCGAGGAAGAGCUUGAUGGUGCACCUCUGGAAGAUGUAGAUGGAAUUCCUAUUGAUGCUACUCCCAUCGAUGAUCUUGAUGGAGUCCCUAUAAAAAGUCUUGAUGAUGAUCUUGAUGGAGUGCCUUUGGAUGCAACUGAAGACUCAAAGAAGAAUGAGCCUAUAUUUAAAGUUGCCCCAUCAAAAUGGGAAGCUGUGGAUGAAUCUGAAUUGGAAGCACAGGCUGUUACAACUUCUAAAUGGGAAUUAUUUGACCAGCAUGAAGAAUCAGAAGAAGAAGAAAAUCAAAAUCAAGAAGAAGAAAGUGAAGAUGAAGAAGAUACUCAAAGUUCCAAAUCUGAAGAGCAUCAUUUGUACUCUAAUCCAAUCAAAGAAGAAAUGACUGAGUCUAAAUUCUCUAAGUACUCUGAAAUGAGUGAGGAAAAACGAGCCAAACUUCGUGAAAUUGAGCUCAAAGUUAUGAAGUUUCAGGAUGAAUUGGAAUCUGGGAAAAGACCUAAAAAACCAGGCCAGAGUUUUCAGGAGCAAGUAGAACACUACAGAGAUAAACUUCUUCAACGAGAGAAAGAGAAAGAGUUAGAAAGAGAACGAGAAAGAGACAAGAAAGAUAAAGAAAAAUUGGAAUCUCGCUCCAAAGACAAGAAGGAAAAAGAUGAGUGUACUCCGACAAGGAAGGAAAGGAAGAGGCGACACAGUACAUCCCCCAGCCCAUCUCGCAGUAGCAGUGGUAGACGAGUGAAAUCCCCAUCACCAAAAUCGGAGCGAUCAGAGCGUUCAGAAAGAUCUCAUAAAGAGAGCUCACGGUCCAGGUCAUCUCACAAAGAUUCUCCUAGAGAUGUUAGCAAAAAAGCCAAAAGAUCACCAUCUGGUUCAAGGACACCUAAAAGGUCUAGGCGAUCACGGUCUAGAUCCCCUAAAAAAUCAGGAAAGAAGUCCAGAUCCCAGUCCAGAUCUCCACACAGGUCUCAUAAAAAGUCAAAGAAAAACAAACACUGACAUAAAUUUUUAAGAUGCUGUCACUUAUUGGAAAUGCGAUUUGUUUUGUGCCUGAAUGGUCUGUUUUUUAAAAAAACAAAAAAUCAAAUGAAAGAGCAUUCCUGGGGUUUUUUGUUUGUUUGUUUGUGUAUGCAUGUGUAAACUCAUGAGCAACUGCAUCUGUAGAUCUGUCAUUGUUUUAUAUUGUGUAAAUUACUUUCAUUGUGGCUAUUUCUCAAGAUGAAAUUUUUAUUGUUCUAAAGGAUUUCAUCAGAAAUGUGUAUAAUGGAUCUGCUGACAGUAGUAGUAUUUUGUUUUAGGAUGUUGUGACUUAGCAAAAAUAAUACAGAUGUCUUCCCCCCUUUUGUAGCUUUGACAAUUUGAAUUAGAUUUCAAAUAAAAUCUGAACAGAAAACUAUAAUGUUGUUUUUUUGCCCCACUGGUGAUAUUAAGUCCCUUAAAGUCCUACUGAGUUUCACACUACUGUUGUGUUUCUUAUACCUGAUGCACUUUAUAAGCCCCAGUGUUCAAGUAGCUUAAGUUUUAUAUUUACUAAGAUGACUCUCCAAAUUAAGGGACCUGAGACUCCUAUUUGGUGGUUUGCUAACCAUUUUCUUUGAUAAGUUUCUCUUGGGUAAUACUAAUACCCAGAUAUCAAAGACUAGGUAGAUAUGGCAUGGCGUUUUGUUAGUGGAAUGCCUGGAUAAAACAUUUUUUCACAGAAGCAAUAUGAUUUCCAUACAUCCAACCCAUGUUCUGAGCAACUACUUACUUUUAGGGGGAAAUUAAAUAUCUUUUCAUUUCCUCUUCUAUUAUGAAAGAAGUUUAUUUGUAAAACAAAUUUUCUAACAAGGUUUGGCCAUAGAAUUCUCUUGUAUGAUCGUUGACCUUUUAUAAUCUUCUGUAGGCUAUCUUUCAAACACUGGCAUCAGAAUAUUUUUUAUAAGUUUGUGUUUAAACAGCUUAGUUGGUCCCCCCGCCCCCCCCAAGAGACUUGGGUUUAGUUAUAGCUUUAAGUAAAAUUUAAAAAUAAAAUGUUUUUCAGGAAACUUCGUAUCUAAUGGUUUGUAAAUUCAAGGUGCAAAAAGUUGAUUUAAACCAUCUGCAGAGUUGAACUCUAUUAUGAAAAUAAAUUUGCUACGGUAUGAGGAAGAAAUAAAACUUGUGUACUGUUGGUGGUCAUAAUACUGCUAUAAAUAUAAUAAAGGGUUAUGUAGAAUUGAACUGA